CUGGUUUUUUCCUCCAACGUGAGUGAUCUUCAACAAGCCCCGGCUGAAAUCUUACGAAAACAUAAUCUAGCAAGCCUUGUUUUAGUCUACAUUUUACUUUUCAACUCUCCUACGUGGGACAUCAUCUGCAUUCAAAUCCCUUGCACUUCCAGUCGGCCGAAUCAGGGCAACAAUGGCCGAUAAACCAGACAUCCCCGACCAUUUGAAACCGGACUUUGACCCGGCAAAACAGACCAUCCAGCAGCUGACGAGCUUACUAGGCCGGCACGGAGUAACGACCCCUACAUCCCGAGCAAAGAAGGACGUUUACGUUGGUUUAUUCAAAGAGCACAUCACUCCCAACCGGAACAAAUUUAUGGAGGAGCUGACGAAAUCGUACGGAAAAGCACCAAAGAACUUUGGCUCUGGGUCUCUUGAUGCCGAUUCUGGUCAAGGGAGCAGCGCUGCGCCUUCGAGCGCUGCACCUACACCAGACCUCAAGACACGCAGGAGGAGAGUCACACUCUCCAGCGAUAUGGUGGAUCCCUUUAAACCUGGCGACGGGGCUGGGAGCGACGAGCAACUCCCAACGACUCCGGCUGCAAAUGUAGAUGACCGAAAAGUGUUCUCAGACGACAAUCCAUUCCAAAGUCCACCCAAAGGUACUCCUGUCAAGACAGGUGCCAAAACAAAAGUUUUGAAAAAGCGGCGUACUACCAUCGCCGCGCCUACCGAAAUUUCCGAUGAUGAAGAUCAACCGACACAAAUUCACACUGGACGCAGGCCUCGGCAUUCUGUGGCGACUUUUCCUGAGCAGGCCGCUGCAUCUCCGCAACCCUUCAUGUUCAAAAUGUCGCAACAUACCCCGGUUAAAGCGGCGGAUUCAGAUGUGCCUGACUCCCCAGUACCUUCAGCUCGAAGCCGUACCGGAGAUCGUCGUAAGACGAUUGGAGGUGACCUCCUUGCUUCGCGCAGAAAGGCGGCCGCUGCACGCCAAUCAUUACCGCUCACCCUAAGUGAUUCAACGAGCGAGCGCGAGGAACUCUUAUUCCAUCCCAUCGAGAAGAAGCAGCCCGAAGUAGACGAACCAGCAAAGGAAGUCACGCCCAGCGUGUCACUUACAGAAGCUGAGCCCGAAGAGCCGUCGGCUAUUCCGGAGGGAAACAGCAUGGAACAACAAUCGGCUACAGGCGACGACACAUGGGCAACGGUAACUCCAAGAAAGACCACACCGCCUCGGCCGAAAUCUACCAAGCGACCGGAAAGGAGAUUCAAGCGUCCUUCUACAGUAAUGCCAGCAAAGACGGACCGCACCUUUUUGAUUACUCUCCUCGUGUUCCUUGCUGCAGCAACUUUCGGACAUUGGUAUUGGGAAGCAAGAGAUGUGAUGGGCUACUGUGAUGGUAAUGAAACUGCUGUCCGAAAUGGAACGUAUGAAGGGUACAACCCGCUUGGGUUGGUUCUGCCCAUAUGCAGAAAAUGUCCACCGCGCGGCGUGUGUGUUGACAAGACUGUCUUGGAUUGUGACCAUCCGGAUUAUAUUCUUGAGCCGAACCUCCUUACAACGGCUAUACCAAGCAAAUAUUUGCCUUUUCCUCUGGCCGAACCCAAGUGCGUGAAAGAUACAAAAAAGCAGAAGGCAGAAGUGCAGCGCCAGCAGCACAUUGAAGCUCUUCUCAACUUUCUAAGUACGGUGGUCCGAACGUGGAUUGGGACAGCAGAGUGCGGUGGUAUCAUCCGGCAAAUAACCGACCCGCUCAGAUCUACCGCUACUGGAAAUAUUUUGGGGAUGCCUUACAGUGUCGCAAGGGACGAACUUAGGAAUGUGAUUGGCAAAAAAUGGGAUGAUGAAAAGUUGAAAACCUACUGGGACUUGGCUAUUCAACUUAUUCGUGAGUCCGGACCAGACCAAUCGACAUCGGAUCUAGCUGAAAUUAUGGACGAAACUGGGCGAACACGUCUUCUCUACUCUACUCAGCCACCGAUCAUGUCUGUAUCGUGUCGCUUAAAACGUUCGAUUUGGGAAACCUCUAGAGCCUACUGGUUACCACUUUCUGCUCUUGGCAUUACAGUUAUUUUCUUUGUUUGGUUUUGGUACCAACGUCAAGCGGUAGCUCGCGAGGCCCGUAUGAUUGCAAGACUCGUAGAGGAUGUCUUGGAUGCCGUAUCUGACGAAGCGGAAAAUUAUCGACUUGACCCAACCCGCCACCCUAUCCCUGGUUUGUCCGUAGCCCAACUCAAGGAUUAUUUACUUCCGCAUGUCAUUCCCGGUAGCGACCGACAUGGUAAAGGAAAAGGGGAGAGUGUUUUUGAUGAAAAGACGGGACACACCAAGUGGCAUCUGGUUGACGAAAGAGCUCGCGAUCUCACCUGGGAGAAAGUGCAUCAAUUGGUGCUCAAGAAUAGUAAUGUGCGGGAAACGGUCAUGGAUUUGAGGGGAGAGUCGCACUUGGUAUGGCAAUGGAUUGGAAGUCAUGCGUUGAGCCCCAGGAGGAAGGGCGUAGCUGCAGCUAGAUUGGUUGGAUCGUCAGCCACGGCAUCAGGGACGGCAUCGGAAAGUGGAAGUGAUGCAGAGGAUAAACAAGGGAAUCAAAGCGGAGCGUUUAUGAAAAAAUUGGAACAGGCAUUGGAAGGAGCCGUUCAACCCGAAAUAAAAGAUGAGUGACGAUCAAUUUACGGGGGGGAAAGGUUCGGCAGGUAGUUGUCCCGUUUUUGGCUUCUCUGCUUUGUAGAAGGGAACAGCGAAAUUUGCAUUGAUAUUGUACAGAGUUCCGUAGUUUAGAUCUUGUCAUUUAAUAUAUUUGUAACUUUUUUUUUUCAAAAAGUGUCUAUCGUUC